AUGUUCCUGUAUUACUUGUUUAGUAUAUUUGAAAUGCAAAGAAGUAUUAGUUUAGAAAAAAUAAAUGAUACAGAGGUGGUGGCAAAUGCAAGAAAUACUGCUCUUAGACAUAAUUCACCCGACGUUGUUAUACCCCAGAGAAGAAGGUUCAAGCCAUCAGGGAGCAUUUUUGAACAAUAUUGUAUAACUAUUAAGCCAAAACUAUACAGAAGCAGCUCCUUGUCCGAACUCACCCCGCAAUCAAGUGAUUUCACUCUUGACUAUUUCAAGAGUAGGGUUAAAGCUGGAAACAGACGCAGAGAAUCAUAUUUCAACAGCUGUGGCGAUAAUAACGUAAACAUUUGUGCUCACCAUACCGACACAUUAAUGUCGUGGAAUUUCAAAGGAAAAAAGCCGAAGAAAAAACAAGAAAUGUCACCUGAGUCCUAUGCGUCCAAGUUUGCCGUCGAUUAUAUAAACAGUUACCAAACAGAGGACGCUGACCCCAAUGCUUCGUCAUGUGCAGAUAAUUCCAGUGUUGAUAGCACAGAACAUUUGGGCGUCCAGAAAGGAGCUGCCUUUCCAUUUAAGUCGACUCCAAGCGGCAACUUGAAAGUUCAAUCGAAUCAAGUUGUAUUCCAAUCGUCCACGGUAGGCGUCUUGUUGGCUGAUCCUACGCAAGCUAAAGUAAAAGUCAAAAUCGAAGGGAAAGCAGGAGGAGAACCUGAUGAUGAAAUCUCACAAAACUUUGACCAAGAAGACGAUUUGGAACCACAACUCCAAUUUGGACCAAGAGAGACGCUCAAUGCAAAUAUGCAAACGAAAACCGUAAUGCUGACUGAUCGGUCAGGAAAAAUAAAACCACCACCAGAAGUUAGAGAAAAAGAAGAUAAAGGAAAGGACCUCGGUAGUCUCGGAUACACCAUGGGAGAGCCCAUAGACUGGAUGCGAGUACAGCUCCCGAAGAAACAAGAUCUGUUUCAAGAGUUUUAUCGCAGAAUCAAUAACUACAUAAACACGGACACCGUCAUACAUAUAGGCGAUGAGGAGUUCCAUUGCCACUACAUCGUGCUGCAAGUCUACUCCUCAUUCUUCGACAUGAAUCCGCAUAGAGAAAUCGAACUACCUGUUGCAAAUGUUACACCCGAAGCAUUUCAAACAAUUUACGAAUGGAUGAUUUUUAACGGUGUUGAAAGUAAUAAAAUGUUGAAGAGAGACAACAUCCUAGAUCUGUUUUAUGCUGCGCAGUAUCUUGCUAUCAAAGAUCUAGAAGACCAAUGUUGGUCUUUCAUCGUGAAUGAAAAUCUGUUUUCUGAAGACACAGCAUUUGCAUUAUUCAGAGAAGCUAGGAAAAAGGGCAUGACGCCAGUUAUGGACUUAAUGGUACCUCGUGUGAUGAGAUUCUUCUUACCGUUAGUCGCAUCAAAAGAUUUUAUACUUUUGGAACCAGAGGAGCUCAUGAUCUUUCUGAAAUCAAAUUAUAUUUCUGUCACAAGCGAGAUUGAGGUCUUGAUGGCUGGCGUGCGGUGGCUGUACGGUGACUGGUCAGCUCGCAGGCAGUAUGCAGUGGACGUGAUGCGCUGUGUCAGGUUUGGGCUCAUCUCCCCCUGGCAGCUGGUCGACAUCAAGAGGAACCCUGACAAUGCUGAGAUACUGGAAAUUGUUAACGAGCCUGAAGUACAGCAGAUGGUCGAUGAUGGACUUGCAUACGUUAUAAUAAAAUAUUGGUACGGCAAUAAUUCUAAGAACUAUUAUCAUUGGAUCGAUGUCCUCGGAUUGACGGAACCGGCCGAGCGAAACUGGAUCGGCGAGGAAAAGAACCAUGUGACUUACAAGGACUUUCUGCAGUAUUUAGAACAGUUUAUGGUACCCAAAGAUCAGAUGUACCAACAGAUGGCCAUGAUGCAACCACUGAGGAGGAACGACGAUAAUAUACCUGGCACCAUGCGAGGCAUGGAUACCGAUAAAAUGGAAAUGCGAAGACCUAAAAUGGAUUUUCCACUACCAGCCACACUCAAAGGACUUGCUGGUGAUAAGGACAAAUCAUUUCCGACUAUGAGUGAGUUUUUCGAAAACCGGAGAAAGGUUAGAAAACAGAAUCAAGAAGGUCAACAGUCGAUGUCUCCAUCGAAUAGAUCACCUUCAAUGGAGGUGGAAAUGGCUAUGCAUAUGCCUAUCUUGGCUGAAUCUAGAAUGAGAGGUCCCGAGCUGGCUUGCAAACACCAAAAGCAAUUUGAGGAACAAAGAAAACAGAAAGAGCUGCAUAAGCAACAAGAAUUGGCGCAGCAGCAGCAACGACGCAAACAAAUUCAACAGAUACACAUGUGCUCUGUCGACGCAGACGCUGUUUCUAACAAGCAGGAACAAAUUUACGAACCUCCAGAGAAGGACUCCGCUGAAGACUUGAACACCACCAACAGUGAAACCAGUAGUGGAACUGCAGAGACGAGCAUCGCUGAUAAAAACCAGUAUGCAAUGCGUAGAACAGAAAAGAGACAUAGUGUUGCAGCUUCAUAUCUUGCCGCUGCAACUGCUGCUUUGGCAGGAUCGCGAAGUCCGACAUCUGGGAGUCGACCAUCACCGCCAGCGAAUGCGUCGCGAUCCGAAGCAACCCCACGGCCCAAUGCACCCAUGUCACAGAACAACAUCGGAAGUCCGCAGAUAUCACUCUUCAAUCAGUCAAAAGAAUCACUGGCUAAGACUAACAUGAACAAAUUGUCCACGUCCAUAUUGGGACCUUCGAACAAGAACUACAUCGCUGAGGGCUCCUUGUUCAACUGGGACAGGGAGACAGUUCUCGUUUUUGGUGGAAUUGAUCACCUCACUACGUAUGGAUUUGGAGGAAACAUUGGAAAGUAUAUCUACAGGUUCGAUCCAGUGACCAAUGUUUGGGACUACGUGGGAGAUUUGCCGGAGCCAAGACAUCAUCACUCGGUGGCCUUUCUGCGAGGUCGAGUCUAUCUUGUGGGCGGUGCUGAUCCCCGUGACGACGACAUACGAGGAAAGUCUGCAGUGGUAUCAACCGUGUGGAGCUUUGAGCCAGUGUCUCGUUCGUGGUUCAGUGAGAGUGGAUUGAUGACGCCGAGGAAGAACUUUGGACUCGUGGUACACCGCAUGGCCAUGUACGCCAUUGGAGGACUGGACAAGAAGGGAAGGGUGCUACGCUCAGUAGAAAAGUUUGAUCCUAAGACUGGAUCCUGGAGUGAAGUGCGUUCAAUGAGCGUGUGUCGAAUGGCUCUGGCUUGUGCGAAGUACCGCGAAUAUAUCUGGGUGGCUGGUGGCAUGACGGGGGAGAAGAAGAAACCUGUCUGCAAGAUUGUGGAGUGCUAUAACUCAACUACUAAUGAAUGGACAGAAAUACACAGUCUGCGAUUUCCCAGAUGUUUUUCCACGAUGUUUGCAAUGAACGAUAAAUUGUACAUAGUUGGCGGAGCUGGAAAAGUUUCGGAUAAGGAACAGACGGUGACCAGUGUCGGCGCCAUUGACGUUUGGGACUGGAAGCUGCGCAAGUGGAGGCAGGAGACAGAAAUGUCAAUGCCCAGACAUGGUCACGCGUUGGCCUACCUUGGAACACAGCUCAUCAUUAUUGGUGGUGUGACAACAAUUUACAUGCGAGCGUUAAACAAUGUGGAGUCGUUUUGCUGCGAGCGUGGCGCGUGGAUACGAGGCGUGGCCACGCUGCCCUCGCCGCUCUCCGGCCACGGCGCCGUCACGCUGCCGCCUGCAUCGCUAAUGUGA